AUGAAAAGUAAUAAUCAUGGUGGUAACUCAUUAGAAUCAGACCCUGAUCUGCUUGAAAUAAGAAGAUAAAUUGAAUCAUUAGUCAAUGGAUCCACCAAUCAAGCAAAGACACUGACUAAUAAUUAUACAUAUGAAUAAAAUAGAAAUCUCACAAAUGAAACUGCAGAUAUGGACCUUGAUGAUAUCAUACACUCAAUGGAAAAACAAUCUUACAAAGUACCAAGCUCUACUUAAAAAGAAGACUAUUCAAAGGAAGUGAACGAAAUAUUGAGAGCAGCUUUUUAAGUAGAAGAUGAAGCUGCUUCAAUAAAACAUAAAUAUCAAAAGCCAAAGUAUGAGCAGACAUCUAUUACUAAAAAUGACUUAUUCAACUUUAAUUUCUCUCAUCAACCUACAGAUUAAUUAAUUCAAAAGAAUUCAGCCAGUGUUUAAAAAUUUUAGGAAACUUCAAACAAAUAUUCCGUAUCAGACAACUAAAUGAAUUCGAAAAAUUUGAGUAAAAACGAUAAGAAAAUGAUUGCAGAUGUUAUUCAAGAAGAUGAUAAAGCUGAAGAUAUGAUGAUAGCUCUUUCACUACUUAACAAGUACAAAAAGGAUCCUAAUUUUAUUCAAAAAGAACUGCAAACUCAUUAAAAAAAGAAAGAGGAGGAAAAAAAAGCUGAUAAUAAUGGUCAGUCAAUUUUUCCGGGCAAAAAGGUUGAAUAUUUUAAUCCUUUACUUACUUAAGAAGAAAGGCACAGAUAAAUUAAAGAAAAAAGAGAGAAGAGAGUUAAAGAGCAAAAGGAAAAAUAGCUAGAAGAGGUAAAAGAAAAGACGAAGCCCAAAGAUUCUUAUAAAUUACCAUCUCAAACAAUAAAGAGAGAAAGCAAAAUGAAACCAUAAAUUCAUCAAUAAUCAAAUAACAAUAAAAAUCUUAACUCUGAUCUAAACUCUUUAAGAUAUUAAGACUAUGACGAAGAUGAUAACGAAUUUGAGAAUUAGUAUAGUGAAGAGUAUAACAUUGAUAAGAAGCUAGAAAAAACAAGGAAGGAGCAUGAGGAUAUUUUUAAAGCAGCUUAGGAACAGAAGUAGAUAGCCUAAUAAAUAAAGGAGGACAUUAAGAAAUACAGUUAAGCAAUCAAAGAGCAAGAAAAGGCUUAGAAAGAAUUCUAGAUUUAGCAAGAACAAAAGAAACGACUAGAAAUUGAGAAAUAAAAAAUGGAGAUAGAAUUGUAGAACUCAAAGAAAAAGAUGAAUGAAUUCAAGCUUUAGAAGGUAGGAGUUAUACUAGGACAGGUUAUUUAAAAUAGCUUGAAAUAAGUAAAAUACUAGGCAUUUGAAGCAAUUAAUACUUUCAAUUUGGAAUUGCAGUUCAAGGAAUAAAAACUAGCAAGGCAUUAGAAAUUUUAAACAACCAGGAAAUUUUUUAGAGUUUGGAUAUAAUAGCUUAGAAAAUAAAUAUAGCAAAGAGAAUUGGAGGAGUAUGAGAAAGAGUAGUAAAGGUAGAGAGUAAUGGAGCAAACAGCUGAGAAUCACUUUCUAAGAAUCUUGAAAAGAAAGUGUUUCAAAUCACUUGUUAAAAAUAUCAAGAAUAUGUAGAAUGAACGAUAAAUUCAAGAAGAGCAUGACAAAAUGAAAAAUUAAAUAGAUUCAUUUUUUACCAACCUUAAAGAAAAAGCUAAGAAUGAAGAAGAAAAACUGAAAUAGUUGAAUGAGUAUAAUGAAUUGAGUGAAUAAAUGCUUUCCAACUUUGACUCAUCAUAAUAGAUCAAUCAAGAUAGAAAUCAAUUCUUGUCCCAAACUUAAAAUGCUGUACCAUAUUAGAUGCAAGAACCGUCUGUCGACACUAUAAACUUUUCAUAGUAUGAAGAAAAUAAAGAAUCGAUGGUUACCUAUAAUGAUAACAUAAUGAAUAUAAGUAGGCAGCCAAUGAGACCUUCAAAUAUUGAUAGUAGCUCUGUUUCAAAUUAAACCCAAAGCUCUGCUGCUUAAAGAUCAAGAUCGAAUAUAGGCAGACUUUAAAAAUAAUAGAAGCCACUCCAACCUGUAGUAGAAAGGCCAAAGCAUGUAAUAGAGAUGGAAAUUCGAGCUAAGGAUAGGAAAAAUAAGAGGCAAGAGUUAGAUAAGGUAUAUGAAGAGAAGCGCAAAAAGGCUGAAGAAGAUAAAAGAUUGGAAGAACUAAAAAAAGAAGAAGAAAAAAAGAAAAAACUUCAAGAUGAGAGAGAUUAAAAGAGAGCAAGGAUUCGGGAAGCUAAUUAAAAGAUUGAAGAGGAGAAAAAACAAAAAGAAGUUGAAUUCCUUAAAUUGAAAAAUGCCAAGGAGUACUAUAAUAGGGGUUUGAUAAUAAAGUAUGUCAUACUGCCACUAAGUAAGUUAGUUGAUUUGGCUAGUGAGAAAGCUUUGAAAGCAGAUUUACACAAUCUCAAGAGAAUAAAAAGAAAUGGUUUGAGUCUAUUAAAAGAAGGUUUAAUGGUUUAAAGUUUAGAGGAAGAGUAGAAAAUCAAUAAGCUUAAUAGGAUUGCGGAUAGAUUCUUUGAGGUUAAUCAAUACAAACUUGAGAAGAAAGUUCUAUAAAGAAAGUAUCUAAGCAACUUAAAAAGAUCAGCUUUGACUUUUUGGAGAUUAACGAUUCCAGAGUUAAGAAAAGAAAGAAUUAAUAUCUAGCUAAGAGAAGAAUUAUUAAUUAAGAAAUUUCGUAUUAUGAAAAUUGGAAAGCCUAUAUUUGAUGCAAUUAAAAGUUAUGCCAAGGAAUCUAGGCUCGAAUAAGAGAAGAAAGUUUAUAAGGAUUAGAUGUGGGGUAAAGUUAACAGUUGGCUUCACGAUUUCGACAAGAGGACUAAUUUGCUUAUUGCUGAGAUUACUACUUAACCUGUGAAUCUAGAUUAUAAUUCUUCAAAAUAAACGCAUCAUAAUGAUGAUUAUGAGAUCAAGAAAGAAAUGGAAAAUGAAAAUAUCCAAUAGAAUGAUAAAAAGAAGUAUACGUAGAUUAAUUUCACCGAGACUAGCAUGAUGGAUGAGCAGUCAAGUGAACUUAGCAAGAUUAUGGGUAUAGUUAAAGAACAUCGAUUUGAUAUGUUUGAUGAUGAUGGUGCCUUCAAUGAUGAUAAAGAAAAUACUAUCAGUAACAACAAAUCCACAAUUGAAUAUUAGUUUUGA